AUGGCUCUGAUUCAAUUUAUAUCGUCUGGAUGGCUUGAACCUCCAGUUGGAACUGUGACUAUUUUGAUUGGUGUCUAUGUUAUUUUCGGCUGUGUGAUUAUACUUUCGUUGAUUCUUACGUCGAGUCAGCUGGCCAACAGUAAUGUUCCUUUUGUGAUGACUACACGUACUUGUGCGAUUAUCUACCAACACUACCGGUUCCUCGUGGACGGGCCGGGUCUCAUCAAAAGAGGAUACGACCGGUUCUUCGACGGGCUCUUCGAGAUCCCGCGUACAUUCCGCUUUGGCCAGGUUAUCAUUUGCAAGCCCGAGUUAAUUGACGAGUUGAAGAACACCGGAAGCGCAGUCGCAUCUCCGGAGCCAUGGAUUGACCAGACUACUCCUGGUGUCAUUCGUGGAACUGUGCACAAGCAUUUGGAUCGGUAUAUACCCUCAAUGAACGAGGCUAUACAAACCCAGCUGCGUGCUCUAUCCUUUGACGAGAGCGACGAAUGCACGAUCAGUUGUUUCGAAUUUGCAUACUCGGUCGUCGCCCGCAGCGGUAGCUAUGCCAUGGUAGGAAAACGUCUCGCCAACAAUGAAGAGUACCUCAAAGCCGUCAAGGAGCAUAUACUGGGGAUGAUCAUGACUACCCGGGUGCAAUUUCUCGUCCCGGAUCGGUUGAAAAGAUAUUUGGGUGGCAUCAUCAGCCGCCUGGCUACAAUUGGUACACGCUGGGAUAUGCAUGCAUCACGCAAGAUUUUGCUUAAGCACUUCGAUGCCCGGGCGGCCGAGUACCGCGAUGAGAUGGCAUGCCCUGGGGGUAUUAAUGAUAAAGGUGAUCCUAAGUCGACAGAUAAGCCAGUUGAGAUAUUUCGGUGGCUAUUCGAAAGCUCGGUACUUCAUCAUCGAUGGAGCUACUCCGAGGUCCUUGGAGAGAUGCUAUUGCUCCAAUUUGCCUUCAUAUACACAACCGGCUACGCUCUCUACGGCGCUUUGGCCGAGCUAGCCCGACAACCUGAAUACAUUCAACCACUGCGAGAUGAGGUCGAAGCAGUCUUCGCCAAUUAUGGAGCCACCGUCCCAGCCUGUAAUCAAAUGAUUCUUCUUGAUAGCUUUUUGAAAGAAUGCCAACGUCUACACCCACCUGCAGCCAUAUCCGCCCACCGAGUCUGUGUCAAAGCACUCGAAUUCUCCAAUGGGAUUAUACUCAAGCCUGGAACCCAUGUCGGCGUACCGAGCAGCUGGAUCCAGCGGUCAAGUGCAUACUACGAGGAUCCAGAGACUUUCGACGGUUAUCGAUUUGUGAAGCGCGCAGCGGCCGGGGCAACAAAUACUAGCCUAGUCGACCUAGGCCCCGACUAUCUUGUUUUCGGUAUGGGCGUGCAUGCCUGGUAA